CUUUGCGAUUUUCACAAUGAUUUAUUUUAUCGUGUAACCGCAAAGCGUCGGAUCUGAAAAUUGAAAUUCGAUAACAACAACAACAACAACAAUAUUUUUCAAAUUUACAGAUAAUUAGCCUUACUACAGGCACAGUAAAACUCUACAUGAUACUGUGAAUGUAACUUAAACACCAUGGAGACCUACCUCACUCUACUGUAUGUUACACUGGAGCAGGAGUUAGCUCUCAAAGAUUUCUUCAGCGAGAAGGGAUGGACUUAUUGUAAACCAGAUCUUGGUGUAAUGACAGAUAAAGCGGGUCCAUUUCAAAACCCACAAGCCAUUAGAACAAAAAGUGGAGGGAUAAUCACAUAUUCUGAACUGUCAGAUAAUUAUGAACCUGCGAAAACAAGGUCAAAUAAAGUAGUUACCAAGAAAAGAAGUACAAAAGUCAACAUAUCUUCAUCUGUACCUGACAUUGUCAAAGUUGAAGUUUCUACUGAAGAAGAUGAUUUUCCCAGUCAGUCAGAGGAUGUCGAAAAUGAAGUUGGGGAAGACACAACUGAGAACGAUGAUGGUGACAAUGACGAUGAUUUUGCCGAUGUUAUGAAUAGUACUGAUGACAGAGAGGAAAAUGAUACAGGUGUAGCUGCAGUCUCUAAUUCUCCAAAGAAACGUGGAAGACCUGUCAGAAAAACUCCCAAAGCUUCACUCAAGAAAAGCAACAAAGAUUCUGGUGGAAGCGUUACUCCAGGGACUAGUUCAGGUGAUCAGGAAGAAGUUUCAGCAUCGGGUCGUAAAAGAAGGAGAGUGGCAGCUAAGGCAGAUGCAACAAUCGCAUCAAUUAUAUCAGAGGAAAAAGAAGAGACUGAGCUGAAACCUUUGGUGCUGGUGAAAAAUAAAGUAAUACAGCCGGAAAAGAGGCCACCACCUGGAGUCAAACAAAAGUGCACCAUGUGUCCAAGAGAAUUCACAUUCCAGUUUAAUUUAGACAGGCACUACAAACUUGCUCAUGAUCCUGAUAAUCCUCCAAAGCAAAAACCUAAAUACCAUGGCCCAAAGCAACAAUGUGACAUCUGUGGUAGUGUUUUCAGUCGUUCAGAUAUACUUCUGGACCAUAAGAGGCAUAUACACCAGGGAGUACGUAGAGUAAGGUCUGUACAAAGGUGUACAUGUGAUGUUUGUGGAACGACGUUUAAAAGAAGAACUCACUUAAAGGAACAUAUUCUUGUGCAACAUUCUGGAUCACGCUUGCCACAUGCUUGUAAUUUGUGUGAACAGAGUUUUGUCCGUUACAGAUUGCUAGAGGCGCACAUGAAUAGGGUCCAUCUAAAAGUGAAACCUUUUGGAUGUUCAUUCUGUAAUGGAAAAUUUAUUAGUCAGGCUUCAGCAGAAAGGCAUAUGAAGAUGAAAAUAUGUCAGUCAGAUAGGGCAAAAAGAUUUAAAUGUAUACAAUGUGAAAAGAAGUUUUCAGAUUCCCAAGGUUUAGAGAUGCACAUGACAGCUAUACAUUUUGGUGGAGCUUACAGUUGUGUAUGUGGAGAAAUUGUAAAAUGGUCCAGUAGCGUUGCCAAGCACAAAAGAAGAUGUAAAGCAUACCAAGAGUAUGUAGCAGCUAAUGGAGAGGCUGAAGAUAAAUUAUGUAACAUUAUUGAAGUGUCCUAUGAUGAUGUAUUGUUAAAAAACACUGAUGAACAUAAUUCUGAAGAUAUACCUAAUGUUUCUAGUAAUGAAAAUGAAAAGUUAGCUGAGCAAGAUUGUCAUAGUACUGCAACAACAGAUAUACCUAAUGUUUCUAGUAACGAAAAUGAAAAGUUAGCUGAGCAAGAUUGUCAUAGUUCUGCAACAACAGAUAUACCUAAUGUUUCUAGUAAUGAAAAUGAAAUGUUAGCUGAGCUAGAUUGUCAAACUGACGUGCAACCUUCAUGUAACUAAAAGCCUGAUGAUUUUAUUAGCUCACCUGUCACAUAGUGACAAGGUGAGCUUUUGUGAUCACACUUCGUCCGACGUCAGUCCGUCCGUCUCAUGCAUCCGUGCGUCAACAAUUUCUUGUCUGCACAAUAGUGGUUUCAUUUAUGAUUUUAUUUUAAACAAACUUGCACACAACUUGUAUCACCAUAAGAUCUCGGUUCCUUUCUUGAACUGGCCAGAUCCCAUUACAGGUUCCAGAGUUAUGGCCCCUGAAAGGGCCAAAAUUAGCUAUUUUGAGCUUGUCUGCACAAUAGCAGCUAUAUUUAUAAUUUGAUUUUUACCAAACUGGCACACAACUUGUAUCACCAUAAGAUCUCGGUUCCUUUCUUGAACUGGUCAGAUUCCAUUAUGGGUUCCAGACUUAUGGCCCCUGAAAUGGCCAGAAUUAGCUAUUUUGACCUUGUCUGCACAAUAGCAGCUUCAUUUAUUAUUUUAUUUUAACCAAACUUGCACACAACUUGUAUCACCAUAUGAUUUUGGGUCCUUUCUUGAACUGGCCAGAUUCCUUUAUGGGUUCCAGAGUGAUGGCCCCUGAAAGGGCCAGAAUUAACUAUUUUGACCUUGUCUGCACAAUAGCAGCUUCAUUUAUGAUUUGAAUUUAAUCAAACUUGCACUAAAACUUGUGUCACCAUAAGAUCUCGGUUCCUUCCUUGAACCGGCCAGAUCCCCUAAUGGAUUCCAGAGUUAUGGCCCCUGAAAGGGCCAAAAUUAGCUAUUUUGACCUUGUCUGCACAAUAGCAGCUUCAUUUAUGAUUUGAUUUUAACCAAACUUGCACAAAACUUGUAUCACCACAAGAUCUUGGUUCCUUUGUUGAACUGGCCAGAUUCCUUCAUGGGUUUCAGGGUUAUGGCCCCUUAAAGGUCUAAAAUUGGCUAUUUUGGCUUUUGCAGCCAUAUAGAGACUUCAUUUAUGGUUUUAUUUGAUACAAACUUCCAAAAUAUCUUCAACAACAAUAAAUCUUGGAUUCCAUGACAAAUCAGGUCCAUUCAUAGGUUCCAGAGUUAUUUUAUAUCUGAUUACCUCCCCUGAUUGUAAUCAAAAUGGAUUUAUAUCAGUAAGUACUUAUAGGACUUAUUUGAAAUUUCAUUAUUGUCAUAAGUUGGACUGAGCCAAUGAGGGUAGAUAACUAUGGACUGAUUUUAUGUCAAAUUACCUCCCUUUAUUUCAAAUUAAAAUGGGUAUAUCUCCGUAACUAAUGAAGAUACUGAUCUGAAAUUUCAUUUAUGUCAACAGAUUUAUUUGGCAGGCCCUCCUUUUGUUAACUUACAAUCAUUUUUUUUUAAUUACUUCCCUUUUACGUUACUAUAAAUAGCUUGUUUUUAGUAACUUUUUUAUUAUUAGCCAUAGGGAAAAACCGAGACCACUUUUCUGUGAUACAACAUGGAUGGUACCUCCAAGUUUUAGGUGUAUUUUGACAUAUCUGUACCUUGUAAGAAUUUUUUUUUUCUUUUUGGUUUAAUUUCUUCCCUUUCUUGUUCCUGUCCUUUGGACUUAGAUAUUUUUUCUGAGGACCUUCUUGUCCUCAAGUGCAAUGAUAACAGGUGAGCGAUAUAGGGCCAUCAUGGCCCUCUUGUUAUUUGUUCACAAUUCCUGUUUUAUAUUGUUUAGGACUUUUAUUACCUCACCUGAGCACAAAGUACUCAAGGUGAGCUAUGGUGACCAGUCAUUGUCCCGCGUGCAACGUAUCUCAUCGUCAACAUUUGCCUUGUGAACACUCAGUAGGCCAGAUCAAAGAAAGCUUGUGAACACUAUAGAGGCCACAGUUUUACUCAAUCUUUAUGAAACUUGGUCAGAAUGUUUAUCUUGAUGAUCUCUAGGUAAUGUUUGAAUCUGGGUCAUGUGGGUCAAAAAGUAGGUCACCUGGUCAAAGCAAAGGAAAACCUUGUGAACACUCCCGAGGCCUCAGUUGUCACUCUAUCUUUAUGAAACUUAGAAUGUUUGUCUUGGUGAUCUCUAGGUCAAGUUUAAAACUAGGUCACAUGGUAUAAAAAACUAGGCCAGAACAGAGGAAAAUCUUGUUAACACUCUAGAGUCCACAGUUUAAGUUUGAAACGCAUGAGAAUUUGUCAGAAUGUUUGUCUUGUAGACCUUUAGGUCAAGUUUGAAUUUGGGUCAUGUUGGGUGAAAAACUAGGUCAUCAGGUCAAAUCAAAGGAAAAACUUGAUAUCACUGCAGAGGCCAUGUUUAUGACCGUAUCUUCAUGAAACUUGGUCAAAAUGUUUCUCUUUAUGAUCUCUAGCCCAAUUUCAAAUCUGGGUCAUCCGGGAUCAAAAACUAAGUCUCCUGUUUUAAUCAAAGAAAAACACUGUUUAUGCAAUAGGGGCUGCAUUUUUCAUUUGAUGUGCAUGAAACUUUGUCAGAAUGUUUGUCUACAUGAAAUCUUGGAUAAAAUUUUAUCCUGGUCAUGGGGAGUCAAAAACUAGGUCAUCAGGUCAAAUCAAAGAAUAAGGUUGUUUGCACUCAAGGGGCCACAUUUUUAGCUCACCUGAGCACAAAGUGCUCAAAGUUGAGCUUUUGUGAUUGCCCUGUGUCCAUCAUCCGUCAGUCUUCUGUCGUCAACAAUUUGACUGUUAACACUCUAGAGGUCACAGUUUUGGCCCAGUUUUAAUGAAACUUGGUCAGAAUGUUACUCUCAAUAAAAUCUUGGACGAGUUCGAUAUUGGAUUAUCUGGGGUCAAAAAACUAGGUCACCAGGUCAGAUCAAAGGAAAAGCUUGUGAACACUACAGGCCACAUUUAUGACUGUAUCUUCAUGAAACUUUGUCAGAAUGUUAAUCUUGAUGAACAUAAGGUCAGGUUCAAAUCGGGGUUAGGUGGGGUCAAAAACUAGGUCACCAGGUCAGAUCAAAGGAAAAUUUUGUUAACUCUCUAGAGGCCACAUUUAUGACUGCAUCUUCAUGAAACUUGAUCAGAAUAUUAACCUUGAUGAUCUUUAGGUCAAGUUCAAAUCUAGGUCAAGUGGAUUCAGAAACUAGGUCACCAGGUUAAAUCAAAUGUAAGGCUUGUUAACACUCUAGAGGCCACAUUUAUGACCAUACCAUAAUGAAACUUGGUCAGAAUUUUAAUCUUGAUGAUCUCUAGUUCAAGUUUAAAUCUGUGUCAGGUGGAGUCAAAACUAGGUCACCAGGUCAAAUCAAAGGAAAAGCUAGUUAACACUCUAGAGGCCACAUUCAUGACCAUAUCUUAAUGAAACUUGGUCAGAAUGUUAACCUUGAUGAUCUUUAGGUCAACUUUAAAUGUGGGUCAGAUGGGGUCUCAAACUAGGUCUCCAGAUCAAAUCAAAGCAAAAGCUUGUUAACACUCAGAGGCCACAUUUAUGACUGUAUCUUCAUGAAACUUGAUCAAAAUGUUAACCUUGAUGAUCUUUAGGUCAGUUCGAAUUUGGAUCUUGUGGAAUGUGACCUACUGACCUGCUUUUUAUGCCCCCGAAGGGAGGCAUAUAGUUUUUGAACUGUCUGUCUGUCAGUCUGUCUGCAAUUUUCGUGUCCAGUCCAUAUCUUUGAUCAUGGAUGGAUUUUCAAAUAACUUGGCAUGAAUGUGUACCAAAGUAAGAUGAUGUGUCGCACGCAAGACCCAGGUCCGUAGCUCAAAGGUCAAGGUCACACUUAGACGUUGAAGGAUAGUGCAUUGAUGGGCGUGUCCGGACUUUGUCAUUGAUGGAUGGAUUUUCAAAUAACUUGGCAUGAAUGUGUAUCACAGUAAGAUGACGUGUCGCGUGCAAGACCCAGGUCCGUAGCUCAAAGGUCAAGGUCACACUUAGACGUUAAAGGAUAGUGCCUUGAUGGGUGUGUCCGGUCCAUAUCUUUGUCAUCCAUGGAUGGAUGGGCGUGUCCGGUCCAUAUCUUUGUCACCCAUGGAUGGAUUUUCAAAUAACUUGACAUGAAUGUGUACCACAGUAAGACGACAUGUUGCACGCAGGACCCAGGUCCGUAGCUCAAAGGUCAAGGUCACACUAAGACGUUAAAGGAUAGUGCAUUGAUGGGCGUGUCCGGUCCAUAUCUUUGUCAUCCAUGGAUGGAUUUUCAAAUAACUUGUCAUAAAUGUGUACCACAGUAAGAUGAUGUGUCGCACGCAAGACCCAGGUCCGUAGCUCAAAGGUCAAGGUCACAGACGUUAAAGGAUAGUGCAUUGAUGGGCGUGUCCGGUCCAUAUCUUUGUCAUCGAUGGAUGGAUUUUCAAAUAACUUGGCAUGAAUGUGUACCACAGUAAGACGACGUGUCGCGCGCAAAACCCAGGUCCGUAGCUCAAAGGUCAAGGUCACACUUAGACGUUAAAGGAUAGUGCAUUGAUGGGCAUGUCCGGUCCAUAUCUUUGUCAUCCAUGGAUGGAUUUUCAAAUAACUUGGCAUGAAUGUGUACCACAGUAAGACGACGUGUCGCGCGCAAGACCCAUUGCGGUAGCUCGAAGGUCAAGUUCACACUUACACGUUAAAGGUCAUUUUUCAUGAUAGUGCAUUGAUGGGCGUGUCCGGUCCAUAUCUUUGUCAUUCAUACAUGGACUACGCAUGAAUGUGUGGCACAGUUAGACGACGUGUCGCGCGCAAGACCUAGCUCCAUAGGUCAAAGGUCCUAAACUCUAACAUCGGCCAUAACUAUUCAUUCAAAGUGCCAUCGGGGGCAUGUGUCAUCCUAUGGAGACAGCUCUUGUUUGUUUUUUAAAAUACAGCUUUGAAAUUUGGAUGACAUGUACAGUUUUGCACACUGAUUUUAAAACUUGACUUCAGUGAUCAUGAAUUUGACCUACUGACCUACUUUCUUCAGGUGAGUGAUACAGGGCCUUUAGGGCCCUCUUGUUAAUUCUAUUUUCAUAAACUUGGUUAGAAUGUUUUUAGCCCACCAUCAUCAGAUGGUGGGCUAUUCAAAUCACUCUGCGUCCGUGGUCCGGCGUCCUUCCGUCCGUCCGUCCGUCCUUCCGUUAACAAUUUCUCGUUAUCGCAUCUCCUCAGAAACUACCAGGGGGAUUUUGACCAAACUUUGUCAGAAUGAUGUAUUGGUACCCUAGUUGUGUCCCCCUGAAAAUCAAACUGGUUCAACAAAUUUUUAGUAAGUUAUGGCCCUUUGUUUAUUUCUAUAAUUUACAUAGAUUUAUAUAGGGAAAAACUUUGAAAAUCUUCUUGCCCAAAACCACAGAGCCUAGGGCUUUGAUAUUUGGUAUGAAGCAUCAUCUAGUGGUCCUCUACCAAGAUGAUUGAAAUUAUUUCCCUGGGGUCUAAUAUGGCCCCGCCCCGGGGGUCACAUGGUUUAUAUAGACUUAUAUAGGGAAAAACUUUGAAAAAUCUCUUGUCCAAAACCACAGGGCUUAGGGCAUUGAUAUUUUGUAUGUGACAUCAUCUGGUGGUCUUCUACUAAGAUUGUUCAAAUUAUCCCCCUAGGGUCAAGUAUAGCCCCGCCCCGGGGGUCACAUGGUUUACAUAGACUUAUAUAGGGAAAAACUUUGAAAAUCUUCUUGUCCAAACCACAAAGCCUAGGGCUUUGAUACUGGUUAUUUAGCAUCAUCUAGUGGUUCUCUACCAAGUUUGUUCAAAUUAUCCCCCUAGGGUCAAAAAAGGCCCCGCCCUGGGGGUCACAUGGUUCAUUAUAGACUUAUAUAGGGAAAAGCUUUUAAAAUGUUCUUGUCAAUAACUACAACAUUCAAAUUUGGACCACGUAUGUAUUUUUGAGUGGCAAGAUGAACCUUGACAUGAGUUGACCUUGAUUUUGACCUAGUGACCUACUUUCACAUUUCUGUAGCUACAGCCUUUAAAUUUGGACCACAUGUAUAUUUUUGAGUGGCAAGAUGAACCUUGACAUGAGUUGACCUUGAUUUUGACCUAGUGACCUACUUUCACAUUUCUGUAGCUACAGCCUUCAAAUUUUCACCACCUGCAUAGUUUUGUGCACUGGAAAAAACUUUGACCUUGAUUUUGACCUAGUGACCUACUUUAACAUUUUUGAAGGUACAGGCGUCAGAUUUGGACCAUAUGCAUAGUUCUGUGUUUCAAAAUGAAAUUUGAUAUUGAUUUUGACCUAGCGACCUACUUUCACAUUUCUCAAGCUACAGCCUUCAAAUUUGGACCACAUGCAUAGUUUUGUGUACCAAAAAAAACUUUGACCUUCACAUUGACCUAGUGACCUACUUUCACAUUUUUGAAGGUACAGGCUUCAAAUUUGGACCACAUGCAUAGUUUUGUAUUCCGAAAUAAAAUUUGACCUUGAUUUUGACCUAAUGACCUACUUUUACAUUUCUCAAGCUACAGCCUUCAAAUUUGGACCACUUGCAUAUUUUUGUGUACUGAAAUGAACUUUGACCUUUACAUUGACCUAGUGACCUACUUUCACAUUUUUAAGGUACAGGCUUCAAAUUUGGACCACAUGCAUAGUUUUGUAUUCCGAAAUAAAAUUUGACCUUGAUUUUGACCUAGUGACCUACUUUCACAUUUCUCAAGCUAUAGCCUUCAAAUUUGGACCACAUGCAUAGUUUUGUGUACCGAAAUGAACUUUGACCUUUACAUUGACCUAGUGACCUACAUUCACAUUUUUGAAGGUACUGGCUUCAAAUUUGGACCACAUGCAUAGUUUUGUAUUCUGAAAUAAAAUUUGACAUUGAUUUUGACCUAGUGACCUACUUUUACAUUUCUCAAGCUACAGCCUUCAAAUUUGGACCACUUGCAUAGUUUUGUGUACUGAAAUGAACUUGACCUUAAGAUUGACCUAGUGACCUACUUUCACAUUUCUGUAGCUACAGGCUUCAAAUUUAGACUACAUGCAUAAGAUUGUGUACCGAAACAAACUUUGACCUUGACAUUGACCUAGUGACAUACUUUCACAUUUCUCAAGCUACAGCUUUCAAAUUCGGACCACAUGCACAGUGUUGUGUACGGAAAUGAAAUUUGACCUUGAGCUAGUCAAUAAGUCUUGAAAUUUGGAGCACUCAAAAAUGGCACAUUGGUGGGCGCCAAGAUCACUCUGUGAUCUCUUGUUUUUUUUAUUAUAAAGUCUUGGAUGAUUUCAAAUCUGGGUCAUAUGGGGUCAAAACUAGGUCACUAGGUCAGAUCAAAGGAAAAGCUUGUAUAUACUCCAGAGGCCACAUUUUUGCUUCAAUCUUCAUGAAACUGUCGGAAUGUUUGUUUUUUACGGAAUCUUGGACAAGCACGAUUCUGGGUCAUGUGGGGUCAAAAUCUAGGUCAAAUCAAAGCAAAUCCUUGUUCAUACUCAAGUGGCCACAUUUUUGGUCCAAUCUUAAUGAAAAUUGGUCAGAAUAUUUGUCUCCAUGAAAUAACUAAGUCAAGCAUGUUUACACUUUUAUGGUGUUUUUCUCAGGUGAGCGACCUAGGGUCAUCUUGGCCAUCUUAUUGGUAUAAAUCUUAUCUUUUAUUCACUUUAGUUGAUUUAGUCUAAGUUAGGCAGUUAGUGUAUGUAGAUGGUCCAGCAUCAGUUUUCCCUAGUUCUACUUGAAUAAUUAUCCUCUUGUCUGAAACUGUUUGUCAUAGGUAAGUAGUAACCUGGCAUUGAUCUGUUUCAAACAUGAUUGAUUGCUUGGUGCAUUAAAGAGCUGCCAGUGCUAAAAACAGAAAUAAUUAUUUUUAAAUAUUUUCUUUGAAACUUUAUUGUGCAAACUUAUACCAGCCAUGAUCUGAGGCAUAUUUUUAGCUCAUCUGAUUUUUUGAAAAAAAAAAAUGAUGAGUUAUUGUCAUCACUUGAUCAGCGUCGGCGUUGCCUGCUUAAGUUUUAUGUUUAGUUCAGUUUUUCUCCUAAACCAUCAAAGCUAUUGCUUUGAAACUUGCAACAUUUGUUCACCAUCAUAAGUUGACCCUGUACAGCAAGAAACAUAACUCCAUCCUGCUUUUUGCAAGAUUUAUGGCCCCUUUUGUACUUAGAAAAUAUCAGAUUUCUUGGUUAAGUUUUAUGUUUAGGUCAGCUUUUCUCCUAAGCUAUCAAAGCUAUUGCUUUGAAACUUGCAACACUUGUUCACCAUCAUAAGCUGACCCUGUACAUCAAGAAACAUAACUCCAUCCUGCUUUUUGCAAGAAUUAUUGUCCCUUUUAGACUUAGAAAAUCAUUUUCUUGGUUAAGUUUUAUGUUUAGGUCAGCUUUUCUCCUAAACUAUCAGAGCUGUUGCUUUAAAACUUGCAACACGUGUUCACCAUCUUAAGCUGACCCUGUACAUCAAGAAACAUAACUCCAUCCUGCUUUUUGCAAGAUGCAUGGCCCCUUUUGGACUUAGAAAAUAUCAGAUUUCUUGGUUAAGUUUUAUGUUUAGGUCAACUUUUUCUCUUAAACUAUCAAAGCUAUUGCUUUGAAACUUGCAACAGUUGUUCACCAUCAUAAGCUGACCCUGUACAUCAAGAAACAUAGCUCCAUCCUGCUUUUUUUCAAGAAUUAUUGCCCCUUUUGGACUUAGAAAAUCAGUUUUCUUGGUUGAGUAAUAUGUUUAAGUCAGCUGUUCUCAUAAACUAUCAAAGCUAUUGCUUUAAAACUUACAACACUUGUGUACCAUCAUAAGCUGACCAUGUACAGCAAGAAACAUAACUCCAUCCUGCUUUUUGCAAGAAUUAUUGCCCCUUUUAGACUUAGAAAAUCAGUUUUCUUGGUUAAGUUUUAUGUUUAGGUCAGUUUUUCUCCUAAACUAUCAGAGCUGUUGCUUUAAAACUUGCAACACGUGUUCCCCAUCUUAAGCUGACCCUGUACAGCAAGAAACAUAACUCCAUCCUGCUUUUUGCAAGAUGUAUGGCCCCUUUUGGACUUAGAAAAUAUCAGAUUUCUUGGUUAAGUUUUAUGUUUAGGUCAACUUUUUCUCUUAAACUAUCAAAGCUAUUGCUUUGAAACUUGCAACAGUUGUUCACCAUCAUAAGCUGACCCUGUACAUCAAGAAACAUAGCUCCAUCCUGCUUUUUUUCAAGAAUUAUUGCCCCUUUUGGACUUAGAAAAUCAGUUUUCUUGGUUGAGUAAUAUGUUUAAGUCAGCUGUUCUCAUAAACUAUCAAAGCUAUUGCUUUAAAACUUGCAACACUUGUGUACCAUCAUAAGCUGACCAUGUACAGCAAGAAACAUAACUCUGUCCUGCUUUUUGCAAGACUUAUGGUCCCUUUUGGACUUAGAAAAUAUCAGAUUUAUUGGUUAAGUUUUAUGUUUAGGUCAGCUUUUCUCUUAAACUAUUCAAGCUAUUGCUUUGAAACUUGCAACAGUUGUUCACCAUCAUAAGCUGACUAUGUACAUCAAGAAACAUAACUGCUUUUUGCAAGAAUUAUGGCUCAUUUUGGACUUAGAAAAUCAUUGGUAGGACAAUUUUUUUAUUAUACAAAAAAAAUUCAAGUGAAACUGUGCACUUCGGAUAUUGUUUGGGAUUUCAAAUGGUAAGACCAGAAUUAUGGUCCUUAACUUAGUGAAAAAUGUGCAUAAAGAACCUGAAAGAUUGUGUUGCAUAUAUCUCAAAAAGCGUUUGACCUAGAGUCACGAAACUUUACAGAAAUGUUGUUCACCUGGCAAUGUUGUGCAUUCGUUUUAAUGGGAUUUCAGUGAGCAAGACUAGUAAUAUGACCCUCCAAUUUGUCAAAAAAUAUACAUAAAAGCCUGAAGUUUAUGUUGCACAUAUCUUAAAAAGUAUUUGACCUAGAAUUAUGAAACCUUAAAGGAAUGUUACUUACAUGAUGUUUUACACCUGGUGUGUUAUCUAGGCUCCCCCACUUAAAUUUAUUUUUGUUUUGUUUUACACUCAGAUUCUUAAUGAUGUUUUGGCAUUCAUGACACCCCCAACAUACCACUUUCGAAUGUUGUUAUUAUGAUGCCCCCCUUCGAAGAAGGAGGGGUAUAUUGUUUUGCAGAUGUCGGUAUGUCUGUCUGUCAGUCGGUCUGUAUGUAGACCAGUCCGUUUCCGGAUGAUAACUCAAGAUCGCUUGGGCCUAGGAUCAUGAAAGUUGAUAGGAAGUUUGAUCAUCACCUUCAGAUGACCCCUGUUGAUUUUGAGGUCUGUAUAUCAAAGGUCAAGGUCACAGUGACCCUGAACAGUUAAACGGUUUCCGGAUGAUAACUCAAGAACGCUUGGGCCUAGGAUCAUGAAAGUUGAUAGGGAGGUUGGUCAGGACCAGCAGAUGACCCCUGUUGAUUUUGAGGUCAGUAUGUCGAAGUUCAAGGUCACAGUGACCCGGAACAAUUAAAUGGUUUCCGGAUGGUAACUCAAGAUUGCUUGGGCCUAGGAUCUUGAAAGUUGAUAGGAAUGUUGUUCAUGACCAGCAGAUGACCCCUAUUGAUUUUGAAGUCAUUAGGUCAAAGGUCAAGGUAACAGUGACCAGGAACGGUAAAACGGUUUCAGGGCGAUAUCUCAAGAACGCUUAGGCCUAGGAUCAGGAAAAUUGAUAAGGAGAUUGUUCAUGACCAGCAGAUGACCCCUAGUGAUUUUGAGGUCAUUUAGUCAGAGUUCAAGGUCAGGUUGGCCAGGAACAGUUAAACAGUUUCUGGACAAUAACUUGAGAAUGCUUGGGCCAAGGGUCAUGAAAGAUGAUAGAGAGGUUCAUCAUGACCAGCAGAUGACCCCUAUUGAUUUUGAGGUCAAUAGGUCAAUGUCACAUUGAACCAGAACAGUAGAACUUUUGUUUACAGUGAGCAAAUAAUUUCUGUUCCUUGUGCAAUUACUGAAUGCAUCAAGGGGGGCAUUUCGUGUUCGACGAGCUCUUGUUUUUGUUGUUUUUCUUCCAGUUUCAUUAUUGUCUCUUGCAUUGGUAAUAUCUUGGUCUGUAGCUUCAUUAUAAGGUCCUCCUCCAAAUUAUACAAAUGGGGGCAGUCUUCAUUUUUAGGGGCGCUAGACUUAAAAAUAGAAAUGCUUUCAUAAGAUUUCUUCUCAUGAAAUGCUUCAUGGAUCUUCAUCAAACUUGAUUUGUAGCAUUAUAAGGCUCUUUACCAAAAAUUUUAUGCCGCCAAAGGUGGACAUAUAAAAAUCACACCAUCCGUCCAUCCAUGUGUGUCAGUGCAUCCAUUUAAUUCUUGUCUGGGCUGUAACUCUUUCAUUCAUCAGGGAUUUUGAAAUUACUAGGCAUAAAUGUUCACCAUAAUAAGACGACGUGUCAUGCGCAAGACCCGUAGCUCCAAGAUCAUGGUCACACUUAGAGAUCAACGGUUAUCAUGGUCUGUUUCGUGUGUGAUCCAUAACUCUGCCAUCCAUGAAGGGAUUUUCAAAUAACUUGGCAUAAAUGUUUACCAUAAUGAGACGUUGUGUCAUGCGCAAAAUCUAGACCCCUACCUCCAAGGUCAAGGUCACACUUAGAAGUCAAAGGUUAACAGGGUCUGUUUCGUGUCCGGUCCAUAACUCUGCCAUUCAUCAAGGGAUUUUGAAAUUACUUGGCAUAAAUGUUCCUCAUAAUGAGACGACAUGUCAUGCACAAGGUGUCAUGCAGAAGACCUAGACCCCUAGCUUAAAGGUCAAAGUCACACUGAGAAGUUUUAGUCUAGGUCAAGGUCAUGAAAUGAUGUGUGAUUUUUAGCUCAACUGAGCACAAAGUGCUCAAAGGUGAGCUUUAGUGAUCGCCCUGUGUCCAUCGUCAGUCGUCCAUCGUCAGUCGUCCGUCGUCAACAGUUUGACUCUUAACACUCUAGAGGUCACAAUUUUGGCCCGAACUUGAUGAAACUUGGUCAGAAUGUUACCCUCAAUAAAAUCUUGGAUGAGUUCAGUAUUGGGUCAUCUGGGGUCAAAAACUAGGUCACCAGGACAAAUCAAAGGAAAAGCUUGUUAACACUCUAGAUGUCACAAUUUUGGCCCAAUCUUAAUGAAACUUGGACAGAAUGUUACCCUCAUUAUAGUCUUGGAUGAGUUUGAUAUUGGGUCAUCUGGGGUCAAAAAUUAGGUCACCAGGUCAGAUCAAAGAAAAAGCUUGUUAACACUGUACAGGCCAGAUUUAUGACUGUAUCUUCAUGAAACUUGGACAGAAUGUUAAUCUUGAUGAUUUCAAGGUCAAGUUUUAAUCUUGGUCAUGUAGAGUCAAAAACUAGGUCACCAGGUCAAAUCAAAGGAAAAGCUAGUUUACACUGUAGAGGCCACAUUUAUGACCAUAUCUUAAUGCAACUUAGUCAGAAUGUUAAUCUUGAUGAUCUAUAAGUAAAGUUCAAAUCUGGGUCAGGUGGGGUCCAAAACUAGGUCACUAGGUCAAAUCAAAGGAAAAGCUUGUUAUCACUCUAGAGGCCACAUUUAUGACUGUAUUUUCAUGAAACUUAGUUAGAAUGUUAAUCUUGGUGAUCUUUAGGUCAAGUUUGAAUCUGGGUCAUGUCUGGUGGUCAAAAACUAGGUCACUGGGUCAAAUUGAAGGAAAAGCUAUUUUACAUUUUAGAGGCCUCAUUUAUGAUCAUAUCUUAAUGAAACUUGGUCGGAAUGUUAAUCUUGAUGAUCUUUAGGUCAAUAGGUGAGGUGAGUGAUACAGGGCCUUCAUGGCCCUCUUGCUUACGCAUACAAGAUAAAACUAGAAAUAUCUUUAAACAACUUCUAAUGAGUAGCUAGAUAGAUUUUCGUCAGACUUUGUAUGUACGAUCAUUAUAAGGUCCUCUCUCAAAUUUGUUCAAAAGGGGGAAGUUGGCCCCAUUUAGGGGUUGCUAUGGCUUCAAGUAAAAAUACCUUUUAAUGACUACUUAUCAUGAAUCAGUCAAUGGAUCUUCAUCAAAUCAAUCUGUAGCAUUAAUACAACUUCACAAGGUCUUCACAUAGAUAUUUUCAGUUUGGGGUGUUUGGUUCCUUAAAGGUCAAAUGGUUAAGGCCUUCUUCAGGUGAGCAACUAAGGCCAAGUUUAAAGAACUCCAAAGUAAUGGGAACUCCUUAACUCAGAAUACCUUGAUUACCUUGGAAUUAUAACUUUGAAUUAUCAAAGAAAGAUUUUGAUGGGGUAGUUACCAUUGUAAAUUUCUGUUUUGUUUUGGACACAAAAAUGUUUUAAAGUUUCAGUUUUGACUUCAUUUGAAGAUGGGUUGUAAUAAAACUUCCAGGAUAUCUUAGAAACAUUAAUGAGACACAUCAUGAUCAAACCAACAUAGUCAUGAUAGUGGCAUCAUUUCUUAAUAUUUCUUAAUAUUAGCGAAAAUAGAACCAUAGCAAAUUUUACCCCAUCUGCAUUUUAAAAAAAAAUGUUGAUUUAAAAAAAUAUCUUAGGACAGGGUACAUUUUUGACUAUCAUAAUUAUAGACAUUUUAAAAGAUAUCUCAGAGAUUCAAAAAAAUAUACUUCUAGCCCCAAGAAAUAUCUUAUUGUUACCCUGCAAAUUUCUUAAAUGGACUGGUCCAUCAUUUAAUUUGGCAGUACCACUUAUUUCGCAAAGGGAUGUUCUCUGAAAAUUUACAGACUGAAGAGUGAACAGUGCAGACCAUGAUCUAAGUAUCUAUAUUUAAUAUGACUGAAACACAUAUUUCUCUAUAGCGUAGAGAUGGACGAAAGUUUUUAUUGCCGCGUGUUUGAUUCCUGAAGUGGGCAUCUUUUUUUUUCUUCUUGAUUUGGCAUUUUUAAGAUAGACUAGAAACAAAAACUUAUUUUAAAAUGUUAAUAAUUUGUCAAAACUUUUUUAGCAAAAAAAUCUGGAUGUCAGUGCCUUUAAAUGUGUUAAAUAAUACAGUAACUGUCUAAAUAAUUGUUAUGAAAAUAUUUUGAUAGACAUUAUACUAUUAAUAGACAUGCAAUAUCAUGUAUUAUCAGUAACACUGUAUUUUACUGGACUGCAGACACUUGCCUUUUUCAAGCCCAGAAUAGUUGUUAAUUACAAAGGAAAAAUACAUUUUGGAAGUAAAAAAAAAGAUAUGAUUGCCAGUAAAUAAAUGUAUUAUUUAGAGUUAUUAUUAACCUUUUAACAUUUUCAGUGAAAACCCCUUCGAAUUAUAUAUGGUAUUGCCCAAAUUGAAUGAUAGACCAGUCCAUUUUAGAAAUUUAGCAGGAUAAGGGUUAAAGUAAAAACAGGUUCAGGAGAUCAAGUAUAAACCUGCUGAAUUUUAUAGGAAGACUUAUGUUACUCAUAUGUUUUAUUCAAGAAUUUACAGGUUCAUGUAAGUCAUGUAAAUAGUAUUGUGUGAAGUACAUAAAUAUAUGAAAUAAACUUGUUUCAUUUA